AUGAAUGUCACCCAUAUAGAGUUCAAACCUUUAGACUCAAAGAGACAUAAUUCAGAGAAGAGACAGGGUCUUGAGGAAGCUAAGCUUCAAGUUCUUGACUCAUCUCAGAUUCAUCACCUGGUAGAUGGCUCUUUCAUAGAUAACUCAUCAGUAAAAUCAACACAAUCAAAAAAAAUAGAUACAGAUGAACUAGCCCAUCUUAAAUGUGUGAUAAAAAAAGGUGAGGAAAAUUUAUCAUAUUUAGGAUAUAGUAUUGAUAAAUCAUAA